GUGGGGGAUGGACAGUGUUGUGAUGGCGAAGCGGUCGCCGCUGUCUGUUGCCGCCGCCGCCGCCGCCGCCCUCGGUGAGAGUUCGCCCGGGACUGAGUGAGGCGGCGGGGGUGUCCGCACCGGCCGGGAGUCACACAAGCCUCUCGCUGUCCGACAGUCCAACCGCCAGGGAAGCCCAGGUAAGCAGUUCACCUGAAACAAUGGAGUCAAUGCUUAAUAAACUGAAGAGCACUGUUACUAAGGUAACAGCAGAUGUUACCAGUGCAGUGAUGGGAAACCCUGUUACAAGGGAGUUUGAAGUUGGCCGUCACAUGGCUAGUGGUGGGCCAGGAAUGGCCUGGAAAGUCUUCCAUGGUGUAAAGAAGUCAACUAAGCAGGAAGUGGCUGUAUUUGUUUUUGACAAAAAGUUAAUUGAAAGGUACCAAAAAUUUGAGAAGGACCAUGUUAUUGAUUCACUCAAAAAAGGUGUACAGCAGCUAACCAGACUGAGGCACCCACGCCUGCUGACAGUACAGCAUCCAAUAGAAGAGUCCAGAGAUUGUUUAGCCUUUUGCACGGAGCCUGUCUUUGCAAGUUUAGCCAACGUCCUUGGUUGCUACGACCACCUACCGUCUCCUGUGCCUGCGGAAAUUAAGGGACACAAGCUUUAUGAUGUGGAAAUCAAAUACGGUUUGCUGCAGGUUUGCGAAGCUCUGUCCUUUUUACACAGCAGUGUGAAAAUGAUUCAUGGGAACUUGACGCCAGAGAAUAUCAUUUUGAAUAAAAGUGGUGCCUGGAAAAUCAUGGGUUUUGACUUUUGCAUCUCUUCGCCUAAUCCCUCAGAGCAGGAGCUUACAUUUAGUUGCAAGGAAUGGGACCCAAAUCUUCCUUCUUUGAGCCUCCCUAACCCCGAGUAUGUCGCUCCAGAAUACAUCCUGUCAGUGAGUUGUGAUCUGGCCAGUGAUAUGUACUCGUUAGGAGGUGUCCUGUUUGCUGUGUUUAAUGACGGCAAGCCUAUCUUCGAGGUCAACAAGCAAGAUAUUUUCAAGAGUUUCAGUAGACAGCUGGAUCAGCUCACCCGUUUAGGCCCCAACAUACUGCAUAAAGUUCCUGAAGAAGCUCGGGAGCACAUGAAAUUGUUGCUCAAUGUAACUCCCACUGUCAGACCAGACGCUGACCAACUAAGUAAGAUCCCUUUUUUUGAUGAUGUAGGCGCCAUGACUCUGCAGUAUUUUGAUUCGCUAUUCCAACGAGACAACCUCCAGAAAUCGCAGUUUUACAAAGGUCUGCCAAAAAUCUUGGCAAAGCUUCCGAAGCGGGUUGUUGUACAACGCAUUCUGCCAUGCUUGACCUCCGAAUUUGUGAACCCGGACAUGGUACCCUUUGUCCUACCCAAUGUCCUUCUCAUUGUUGAAGAGUGCACCAAAGAAGAGUACGUCAAGCUGAUUCUCCCAGACCUUGUUCCAGUUUUCCGGCUCCAGGAGCCCAUUCAGGUUUUGCUGAUAUUCUUGCAGAAGAUGGAUUUGCUGUUGACGAAAACUCCACCAGAGGAUAUAAAGAACACAGUUUUACCCAUGAUUUACAGAGCCUUAGAAGCACCAUCAAUUCAGAUUCAGGAACUCUGCCUCAACAUAAUUCCCACGUUUGCAAAUUUAAUAGAUUAUCCAUCCAUGAAGAAUGCUUUAAUACCACGCAUUAAGAGUGCUAGUUUGCAGACCUCCUCCCUUGCAGUCCGUGUAAAUUCGCUGGUUUGCUUAGGCAAGCUCCUAGAGUACCUGGACAAAUGGUUUGUCCUGGAUGAGAUUCUUCCUUUCUUGCAGCAGAUCCCAUCCCGGGAACCUGCAGUUCUUAUGGGAAUUUUAGGUAUCUACAAAUGUACUUUCAGCCACAAGAAGCUGGGCAUUACCAAAGAACAAUUGGCUUCAAAAGUGCUACCGCACCUUGUGCCUCUCAGCAUUGACAGCAAUCUGAAUCUGAACCAGUUUAACUCCUUCAUGGGAGUGAUCAAGGAAAUGUUAAGUAAGUUGGAGGCUGAGCACAAGACCAAACUGGAACAACUACACCACAUGCAAGAACAGCAGAGAAGUUUGGAUCUACCUGGCCAGUUCAGUAAAGCUGCUGAAUCAAAGGAAAACCCAGAUAGUCAGAUUGACAAGAUCUUCACCAGCUUUGGAGUGGAUGUCAGUGCAGGAGCUAAUAGGAAAGAGAAUGGAUCGGUUUCCAAUUCGCAGAAACAAGUCAAAACUCCUCUCACAAUGGAGGAAAAGCAGCGACUGGCCAAAGAGCAGGAACAGGUUCAGAAACUUCGAAAUCAGCAGCCUCUUGCCCCAAAGUCUGUUAAAGUUUCAGCCCCUAGCAAGCAGACCAAAGACCUGACGAGUAGUUUGUUAGAAAACAUGUCCUCCAUGAACUCACUUUCCAUUAAUGCGUCCAAGCCUGGUCCUGUGCAGACUAUCUCUUCGAGUGGAUUCUCGUCACCUUCCCCAAUCAACAGCAAUAUGGGGUUCAGCAGUUCCAGCACCAGCAUGAAUGCUUUGGGAAACAUGAGCAACGGCAUGGGGUUCAACACUUCCAUGGCAUUCCAACCUACAUACGGCAACAGCAUGGCCAUGGCUGGCCCUGGGCAAAACUUCUAUGGUAGCCGAAGUGCCACUAGCAUCACUAGAGUGCCCAUGUCAUCGGCAACGAACCUACCAACUUUCUCUGGCAUGGGCACUCUGGGCCAGUCUGGGCCCGGGCCCAUCUCACAGCCAGCUAAAGCUGUGGACCUGUCAGCUUUGGACAACCUGCUGGGCCCUCAGAAGAACAACAAAGUCACUUUGAACCAAAUGGCGCAGCCAGCGCAGAAGCCUCCAGCAGCUCAGAACCAGUGGCUGAAACAGUUUGUCCCAGCCCAAGGCUCACCAGCCACAAACAAUCCAAUGGGAGGAGCGCAGCCCAGCGUGAUGGGGCAGCCCACCUUCACUAUGGCCCCUCUACAGGCCAACCCAUUCAUGUCACCCCAGGACUUCACACAGCCAAGCUUGCCAACGAACUCCGUGCCACCCAGUAGCUCUGCUAACAAUGAUCUGAAAGACCUGUUUGGUUAGUGUUUAUCCCCUCCUUAUUGCAGACCUUUUGGAAGAGGACCGCUACAAAUUAAACAUGUUUCAGUUCCAUUUGGGUACCUUGUGCUUUUCUACGGAAGUCGGUUCCUGUUCCAUUUUUGCUGCUGUGAAAUCCACACGGCCUUACACAGUAAAAGCCACACAAUGCCUCAGAAAGUAGCAGUUUCCCAUGUGUCGUAAGUGGUCUUAAAUUAAGUAGCGCAAGUUGUCUUUUUGGCAGUUUUUUGCUGUGAGAAGAAUGUCCACUUUAUACUUCCAAGCUGUGCUCUGUUUUAGUUCCAUUUGGUAAGAAGCUUUCUGUCUGGGACCAGUUCUGCAGCCUUAAUGAAUGUACAGCAAUAUUAGGCAAAGCAAUUUAAUUUAUUCUACAUGUUGCUCCAGUGCUUGUACUGAGGUGACUCUGGCGGUUCACGUUGCCACCUUAGCUUCUAAUAAACAAACCAAAAUCAACUUGAGGUGAAAGUCAGAUGACUUGCAGUGAAGCCCGUUCUCUCCAUUUCUUUAUUGUUGUGCAAUAAAUAAAUGUGGCCCAUCAGAUGAAGAUAUUUUUCAAACUGGCCGAGCCGCAUGUCCAACCCCUUGUAAAAUACUCUCUGCCGUUCUGUACUUCAGGGAUAAAGAAGUGGGCAGUCCAAAGUAAUUGAACAUAUCAACAUUCCUGUUAAUCUUUAGUUUCCAGGCACCCGUGUGUCUUCUGAAACUGUCUUUAGGUUAUUUUUAAGUAUUCUGUUCGAUUGCAAUGGUUUGGUGAAGAUAAAAUAUAUUGUGCACAUGU